AUGAAUCCCUCGCUGCGAUCCCCCAACUCGCCAGGGCGUCAGCGAGUGCCGGCCCCCGUCCGCUACCGGCCUCCGCCUCCGCAGCCCCCGUCUGAUGACGAAGAAGAUGAUUCCGACGAAGACGAACUGAUCCGUCCUGGUUCCUCCGGUAGCGACGCCUCCUCCAAUGUGACUACCGUUUCAGCGGCGCCGGUUACGCCCAUUAAUCCUCAGAUCCCUCCCGGCAGUUAUUUCCCCCCUCAACCUCGCUCAGCCACCACCUCGCCGCACACUCGCCCUAUGCCAGACCCCUCCGGCCGCCGGCCGUCUGGCCGGGGUCCCUCGAUUGAAUUACCCCGGCAUCGCUCUCGCGUUCACUCGCAGGGCUUCUUCGAACCAUCCUUGCCAACUGCUUCGUCUGACCAGCUCCCUACCGUGUCAGCCUCCCGCAUCGCCGCCCAGGCAGCAAUGCAACAGACAAAACGGGCUCAGAAUGUCAUGUCUGUGGAGGAUACACGGUCACGGCAGAGUGGGAGCGCAUCGCCUCCGCUCAUGCCUGCCCCAUUGCGUGUAAAUGUGCCUUCGCCUCAACCGCCCGCGCCAGCAAACGUGGCCACGACAGCUGCGAAUGUGGUCUUCCCGCGCGCCGGUGCGCAACCGCCAGACCUACAACCUGAAAAACAGAAGAAGAAGAAGCUGUUCUCAAAACCGAAACAUAUAGGUAUCAGCAGGGAUAAGGAUUUGGGCAAAGACCGUGGGCUUCCUUCUCCGAGCAAGAUCAGUGGCUUGUCGCGUAUGGUAAGCGCGUCCACUACCAACUUGGCCGACUUGCCCUCGAACAACUCCUCAAUGUACAAUCUCUCCAAUGCCUCCGUGAGCACUGUCGUCCCCUCAGAUCGAGCUCAAGUUCCGGAAAAGGAAAAGGACAAGGAAAAAGACAAACACAAGCACCAUUUCCUGUCGAGACAGAAACUUAAACUCAAGGACCGGGUCGACGACCACUUCAAUCAAGUCUUGUCCUCGGCAUCCAGCAACUCUCGCCCAGCCGAUCCAAAUGCUCCGCAAUCCCUCUAUUCCUUCACAAGCCCUGCAUCACCGGCGCCGGGUGCCACAUUCGGCAAGUCAGUCAGUGGUCUGGAUAUCUUGCACGGUGGACGAGCAUUGCGCGAGAAGAAGAAAGAAGAGAAAGCACUCGCUGAGUCGGAACAACUGGAAUGGCUGGCCAAUAACACCGGCGGGGCCACGACACCUGGUGGCUUCCCAGGUCCCUCUUCAAUUGGUAGUGGUGGUACAUACCCCGAAUCUAUUCUUCGAGAGACACUGCAAGGGUUCGGGUUGAAUAAUAUGACACCCGAAGAUGCGUGGGAUUUCCUCAAGGCGAAGUUGCUGGUCAUCUUCGAUGGUGAGGAUGUGCGCAUUGCCAUUGAGGAUUUGAACAAGCUGGUUCUGGUUCAUUUGCAGUGCUGUGUGCAUAAGAGAACUCCCACGUCUGUGAUCACUGAUUUGCAGGAGUUGCUCGAAACUGGGUUCGCAACUCUGAAUCUCAGUUCGCUUCUGGGUGUCCCCGAUGAAAAGCUGGUUCCUCAUCUGGUACAGAUAUGGAUGUUGGUAUUUGGUACAAUCCUGCCCUUCAUCCAGGCUGUUUUCCUACCCUUGGAUCUUGAAUUCAAGGGCUGCGGAUCUCUGAUGACCAGCCGAGAAGCCCUUGAAUUCUGGGGUCCACUUCCUGUCGGUGGUACGCUCGAAGUGCGCAGCCUAGUCCUCAUCGCCUUCCGUGACUGUAUCAUCCUGAACCGCUAUGAGACCCUCAAGGCAACAUUCUCGCGCCUCAGUCUAGACUCAAUCAACUCUGGCUUUCCAACUCUCAGCGUGACAGCCAAAAGCACUGGCACAGGAGGCCGUCCUGGUACCGCAGCUUCCCUCGACGCCGGCUUCGGCAGCUUCAACUCGCAAUCCUCUACUCUCCUCAGCACUGUCGCAGACAGCUACUCCUCAGACGGGAUGACCGGCCUAGCCAACCACCCACGGCCUGCAAGCGGCGACUCCCGCAGCCGCGCUACAUCGAAUACUUCCUCAAACCCAGACCCUCUCGUUUUCCAGUCUGUUGCAUCGCCGCAGGCACCUGCUAAGCGGCCCACUAUAAUUCACCGCGUCAACUCCGCUGAUAGCUCGCACGUCAUCACAGAGACUGUGGGUCGUAUGCUACAAUGUGUUAGCGUGCUCGCUAGCGUUCAAACCGACGAUGCCUCCCAAGAGAAGAUCGAGGUGCUCAGUAAAGCUCUGAAGCAUAACUGGCUUGGCCGUGGCCGCACAGGCCGUGAUCGUCGUGGAUUUGUUGGGGCUAAGAUCCGGCCUGUCAUGGUCGGCGGUCCACCUGUAAUCGACGAUGCAGAGUCUCUUACCACUGCUGGUAUCAGUAUCGGGACAAGUACUAGCGGAUCGCGUGGUCGAGGUGACUCCGACUCUUCGGAAUGGAGUGCGGGCAUGCCAGGAAUGGGGAUGAGUAUGCGAAGCAGUGGUAGACGAGAACUGAGCGCUCUCUAA